CUUAGCAUUCACGAAGAAACAUUGCCGGUUGUUUACAACGAUAGUGUGUCUCGCUAGCUAGCAGGUAAAUAAACAAAGCUAGCUAAUGACCGUUAGUUUUCGACACUAUAUCUGUAUGUUGUGCUUUCCGUAAGAUAAUAAUUUGGACGAUAACAAGUACAGCUAUGAUACAGCUAGCUGUAGUUGUGAUACCGAGGAAGAUGGCUGCUUACACAUGAGCUAUCUAGCUAGUUUACCAGGUCACUAACGGGGAAAUUGACACAAAUACUCCCACAGCGUGGGUUGAAAAAAAUGAUUUCUCAAGUAUUCAUUUUGUCCUCACAAGGCGACCAUCUAAUAUACAAAGACUUCCGCGGGGAAGCGGGGAAAGAUUCAAUCAACAUGUUCUACGAGAUGGUUACAAGCCUGAGUGGUGCCCAGCCUCCUGUGGUCAUGAGGAACAAAAAUUUGAACUUCAUCCAUGUCAGACAUAGUGGACUUUACUGGGUCGUGUCUACCAAGGACAACCCAUCUCCCUUCACCAUUAUCGAGUUUCUUAACAGGCUUGCAGCUCUAACUAAGGACUAUUGUGGGAGUCUGAGUGAGAAGUCUGUCCGGAUGAACUUUGCUCUGAUUUAUGAGCUGCUGGAUGAGAUGGUGGACUACGGCUACAUACAGACAACCUCUACUGACAUCCUGAAAAACUUCAUCCAGACAGAGGCAGUGACCUCCAAACCCUUCAGUCUUUUUGACCUCAGCAAUGUUGGUCUGUUUGGAGCUGAGACCCAGCAGAGUAAGGUGGCUCCUAGCGCUGCUGCUAGCCGGCCCAUCGUGGCCAGUCACGGGGAGCAGGGAGGGAAGAAUGAGAUCUUUGUGGAUGUGGUAGAGAGGCUCUCUGUUGUAAUCGGCUCCAAUGGAGUUCUCAUGAAGGCAGACGUGGAGGGAGAGAUCAGAGUAAAAUGCUAUCUACCGACCUGUUCAGAGAUGAGGAUUGGCCUCAAUGAGGAGUUCAGUAUAGGAAAGUCUCAGCUGAGAGGCUAUGGGGCAGCUGUGCGUGUUGAUGAGUGCAGUUUCCACCAAGCCGUGAAACUCGAUGAGUUUGAUACCUACAGGAUUUUGAAAGUCUGUCCCAGCCAAGGAGAACAAACCCUGAUGCAGUACCAGCUGAGUGAUGAGCUGCCCUGCGCCCCCCCCUUCCGACUCUUCCCUACAGUGGAGAAGGAUUAUGGGAGCAGGCUUCUAAUCUUCCUCAAACUACGCUGUGAUUUGCCACCUAAAAGUGUCGCUAUAAAUGUCUCCGUCACUGUGCCUGUCCCAAAGGGUUCCUUAAGCCUGUCGCAGGAGCUGAGCAGUCCGGAGCAGUCUGCCGAGCUGCAGCCCAGGAGUAAGGCCGUGCUGUGGACCAUCCCGCGAUUCCCCGGAGGAGCUCAGCUCUCUGCUGUCUUCAAGGUGGAGGUUCCAAGGCUUAGUUCCGCCUCUCUCUUGGAGGUGGGUCCCAUCAGUAUGAGCUUCGAGUUGCCCAAGUACACCUGCACAGGACUUCAAGUGCGCUUCCUGCGUCUCUCCCCGACCCAGCCAGGACUGUCGCAGCGCUGGGUCCGCUAUGUCACACACUCCGACUCCUACACCAUCCGCAUCUGACCCUGCCCUCGCACUUACACAUUCAACACAGGCACAGGACCAGCGCUGAAAAUGCCACACGGAGGGAUGUGUCUGUCUGUAGCAGGAGUCUUCCACAGUUACUGUGGAGUCUCGUUAUUUAGGAAGAAGUCACAUUCACAGUCAUUUAGCCAGUGGGGUUGUUGGUGACUUGGAAUAUAGUUGUGUAAAGUGGGUUUUUUUUUUUUUUUAUGUACUUGUUUGUACCUUAUUGAAAACAUCAGUGGACAGACCGUUUCUUUAACAGUGCAAACAGUUUUUUUAGCUUUGAUCCAGUUGCCUCAAAUAAGAUACUGUAUGCAAAUUAAAGAACCAACAAUCACACACA